CUCAUCCACCCUCGACAACCAAAGUGUCUCUCUUGCUCCUUAUUUUCCCACUGCUCACAAUCUAUCCCAGUGGUUCCUCUGAUGUUUUUUAUCGCAAUUUUACCACCGCCCUUAAGCCUAAUUUUAAAUACACACUGAAUUCUGUCCCACUCUCUUCCUCCUUCAAUUGCUCACUCGACUUUUUCUGGUUCCAUUUUAUCAUAUUUUCAAAAGUACCUAAAUUUUCAUAGACAAUAUUUUCAUUUUGCUUAUUGUUUCCAACAUCGACUUAAUAUCUCGUCAACUUUUUGAUUUUGUGUCCGUUUAGAAUCAACUAAUCAUGGAUGAUAAAGCUAAACGCCGAGCUGAAGUUCGAGCUCGACUUGAACAAGCAGCUGCAGCCAAAAAGAAACGCGGAUUCAUGACACCAGCUCGUAAAAAGAAGCUCCGAAACUUAUUGAGAAAAAAAGCUGCCGAAGAAUUGAAACGAGAACAAGAAAGAAGAGCCGAAGAGCGUCGAAAGAUCAUUCGUCAGCGAACUGGUGAGCCCAAAGGAAUAGAUGGAAUCAAUGAAGCUCAACUCCAUGCGAUCAUCAAAGAGUAUUAUGAACGGGUUAAGAGACUUGAAAGCGCUAAAUGGGAUCUCGAAUACGAAGUCAAUAAGAAAGAUUUCGAUGUCCGAGAACUUGCUGCUAAGGUUAACGAUGUUCGUGGGCGAUUCAUCAAACCUCCUUUGAAAAAGGUCUCCAAAACUGCUCAACAAAUGGAAAAGAUUCGUAUGUUCACUGCUCGAGUUUCCCAAAUGGAUUAUCGUUCUGGUCUUAAACAGGUCAACAAGUACUCUUUGGGCGACAAGGAAAAGGCAGAGGAAAAACCCGAAUGGGCUCAGAAUCAGAAGGAGAAAUCAGUUGCUUCUGAAAAAUCUGAAGGUUAAUCUGAUUAUUUAAUUGGAAUCAUCAUCACUACAUCGUCUCAACUAUUAGAAUUGAUAAAAACUAAAUUAAAACUUGUAAUUUCAUCCAUUUUAAUUUGCUCAACUCAAUUAAAUGAACAUAAAUGAAAUUAAUUGAAUCAUUAUCAUUAAAAUAAAUCAAAAAUACUA